AUGUCUGUUGAUAAAUUGCCUUUUAAGUUUUUUGAUUCAAUCAACCUUAAGCUUUUUGCUUGUAACCAAAGAGUCAACCUUCUCCCCAACCUUUGGUGCCUUUGUAGUGAUAACCUUUCACCUCAAAUUUUAGAGAUAUCUGAUCAACAUGUUGCUUUUUUUGUUACAUUGAACUCUACAACUUUUGCCAUGUCUGCAGUCUAUGCCUCUAAUUGUCACAUAUCUAGAAGAACCCUCUGGCACAAAAUUUCUAAUAAUCUCUCUGGCUCUGUCUUGCCUUGGUGCAUAGUUGGAGAUUUUAAUGCAAUUCAAGGGGCGCAUGAGCAUGCUGGUAGGUAUAAUCCUAACAAGUUGCAUAUGUUGGAAUUUUCCAAUUUCAUUGAUAACAACAAUCUGGUUGAUAUCCCCACCAAAGGAAACUUCUUCUCUUGGACUAAUAGUAGGGCUGGUAGUGAGCUUAUUGAAAGAAGACUUGACCGAGCCCUUUGUAAUCCCAUUUGGCUUUCUAAUACCACUAACCUUCAGGUUUCUACUCUCAAUAGACUUAGAUCUGACCAUUUUCCUAUCUUGCUUAAUUUUUGCUUCUUCAAGAGCCAACACUUUUCUAGCUUCAGGUUUUUAGGGAUGUGGACUAAGCAUGAUAACUGUGAGGAAUUCAUUGCCAAAUGUUGGUCUGUGAAAAUUGUUGGAUGUCCAAUGUUAGCUUGCAUUCAGAGUGAGCUAAUAGGUAAUGAAGGAAAUAGGGACCUAAAGGCCAAGGAAGUGGAAGCUCAGCAAGAUCUAGAGAAAUUCCUCACCAUGGAGGAGGAGUUUUGGAAAGAUAAAGCUAGGAUUAAAUGGCAUUUGGAGGGUGAUAGGAACACUUCCUUUUUCCAUAAAAGUGCUAAGAUCAAAUUAGCUAAGAAUACCAUAACUCACCUUAAAACCUCUGAGGGGAUGAUUCAUGAUCCUGAUGCUAUGGCAGCUCAUGCUGUAGAUUAUUUUUCUAACCUUUUCUGUUUUGCAGGCACCUCUACUCAGGAUCUCUCUAUGGUGGAUGAGUGUAUUCCAAACUUGGUGGAUAGUAACAUGAAUAACUUUUUGAUUAGCAUUCCUUCUGCUGAUGAAGUUAAGAAGGUUGUUUUCAACCUAAGCAAGGAUAGUGCACCAGGUCCUGAUGGAUUUGGAGGGGUUUUUUAUCAUACAUACUGGUCCAUAAUCAAGCAUGAGGUCAUUGCUGCUGUUACUCAGUUCUUCACAACUGGGUGGAUCCUUCCCAAAUACAAUUCAAACAACAUUAUUCUUCUUCCCAAAUUCAAGGAUGCUGACACCAUGGAGUCUUUUAGGCCUAUUGCUCUGGCCAAUUUUAAAUUUAAAAUCAUUACCAAAAUCUAG